GGGUGUAUUCUUAUUCUUUAAUUUUGUUGCAAUGCCUGAUCCAGCUAAGUCCGCUCCCGCUCCGAAGAAGGGCUCCAAGAAGGCGGUAACCAACGCGCAGAAGAAGGAUGGAAAGAAGCGUAAGCGCAGCCGCAAGGAGAGCUACUCUGUGUACGUGUACAAGGUGCUGAAGCAGGUCCACCCUGACACUGGCAUCUCCUCCAAAGCCAUGGGGAUCAUGAAUUCCUUUGUCAACGACAUCUUCGAGCGCAUUGCGAGUGAGGCUUCCCGCCUGGCGCAUUACAACAAGCGCUCUACUAUCACCUCUAGGGAGAUUCAGACGGCGGUACGCCUGCUGCUUCCUGGGGAGCUGGCCAAGCACGCCGUGUCCGAGGGCACUAAGGCUGUCACCAAGUACACCAGCUCCAAGUAAAUGGACGCAUGUUCAAACCCAAAGGCUCUUUUCAGAGCCACUUAACAAUUUCAAUUA